GUUAUGUAUCUCGAAAAAUUUAUUCUUAAAAGUUAAUUAAUAAUUCAAAAUCAAAUAUAUAAAAAAAUUAUGAAAUUGACUAACUUGAUAUCAUUAAGUAGAUGAUUAAAAUUAUGAUUUUUUUUGCAUGAACUGUAAACUUACUUACCAUUUACAAAAUAUAACAUCUUAUGAUUUCAUCUAAUAAAAACUUUUUAAAAACUUACCUUUAAUACUUAAAUCAUAAUUAAUUAAUAAAAUUUUUGAAAAUCACACAAACACAUUUGAACCAAUAAAAAUGUUCAAUUUGGCAAAACUCUAUAAAAUCGCCAUGUGGAAAUUUCCAGUUCCUUUAUAUUAUUGUAUAAUAUAAUAUGAUUGUAUGCUAUGCUAUGAUUUUAGUUACUUAUUUUUGUCAAAUAUAAUUAGACUAUUGUCAAUUAAAAAACUUUAGUGAUGUAUCAUAAUUCAAGAAAAAAAGCCUGUUUAAGGCCUCAUAUAAAGCUCGUUUUAUAUUAGCAAAUGAAGGCCAAGUCAAAAUCGAAUUUUUGAAAUUGUUGAGCGAAAAAAAAAAAAAAAGUAAUUAAAUAAGCGAAAUUUUAAACAAAUCCCAAAAGUAAGCGUCCAAACCCCAAAGAUGUGCUUUUGAGCGCAUCGCCGAGUAUAGCUGGGGCUCCGCAGCCCUAGGAUACUUGUACAGGAGGCUUUGUGGUGCUGCCCAUAAGAACGUCAAAGAGAUUGCAGGACCACUAGUCAUAUUACAGUUGUGGGCGUGGGAGCAUAUUCUUAUCGGCCAACCUUACAGAACCGUUGGUCGUGGUGAUACUGCUCCUCCACCACAACCAGCCCCAGAUGUUGCGUACGGUUCGAGGUGGAAUUUUGCCCGCCGGACGCGCAAGCACACCGGCUGCGGUCUUGGAUUCUACCGAGAUCAAUUAGACCUGCUACGACCCAACCAGUUUUUGUGGGACCCAUACCCAGCGGAAGCCUACGCAGCUGUACCCGAACACUCGGGGAUUCAUUCCGGGGCGUGGAGGGCUUUUGUGCCACUCAUAUGCUUCGACAUUGUCGAAGUACAUCUACCAGAGCGCGUAAUGCGCCAAUAUGGGUUGGUACAGGGCAUUCCACCGCCUUGUGACACUGAACCCCAGCUGCACCUAAUUUCGCGAAGAAAUCAAGCUGGGGCAAACUGGAUGGAGAUCAACGGGCGCCACAUCGCUCGUUGGGAUCAUAGACUUGAGCUGCUGGCAUAAGGUGCGCCGAUCGAUGUUGUCGGUGCACCUACUACACCUGACUAUAUGCCAUGGUUCCUCUCCAUCACGCGCCGAUGGAUGACACCACGUGCCAUCUUGGAAGCAGCACAUUACGCACCUGCUGCGCCUACGAUGACCCAAUUUGCACAAGGUGCGGCAAACGUGAUGCAGUACAGCCAGGAGGAGCCGAUGAGGGAGAUUGCGCAUGGCAUGCUCUUCGGCUCGCAGUUCCAGCACUUCAUACCGGAAGUCGCUCCACAGCACUCACCGACUACCUCCCAUACGCACAUGGCAUGCUCUCCUUCUUAUGACUACAAUUUGAAGGAGAUGGAUCAUUCAUAUCCCGUUGACGCUGCGGGGACCUCGCAGGCUGGGCCAUCACAGUAUCAGUCCCCUCCACUGCCAGAGCGUCACGCGAACGCCUCUUUCUAUCGUAGGAGGCGAAGGAGACCAACUCAGUUGGAUAAGGUAGAUGAGGGUUCGUGAGCGUUAACGAUUACCUUUUGUGUAUUUGGAUCGACUAUGUACAUAUAUAUAUAUAUUUUUUAAUUGACUUGUAUAUUUCAAACAUUUGUAUAUAUUUUGUUGUAUAUACAUGUUUAAUUACUUUAUCAUAGCCCCCAAACUUUGACUUAUGAAUGAUCGGAGUUUUGGCGAUGAAUCAUGCCGCCUUAAAGAUACAUCGACUUGUAAUUACCUAUUCUAAUGUCUCUAGUGCAAUUACAACAAACAACAACUCAAAAAUAAAGGAAAAAAAAAAAUUAAUUAGCUGUUCGCAGUUAGCAACUGCGAACAGAUAUUUUGUCUUUUAUAGCUGUUCGCAGUUACUAACUGCGAACAGCUCUAAAGCACAGCUUUGGGGUUUGGACGCUUACUUUUGAGAAAAGUUUAAAAUAUCGCUUAUUUGAUUAAUUUUUUUUAUUUUUUCGCUCAACUUUUUCAAAAAUUCGUCAAAAUCCGACCUAUUCAAGGUCCAACUUGUAUAAAGCCCA